AUGGUGUCAGAAUCGGACAAUAAUGAGUCCUUGUUCACUCCUUUACAACAUUAUGGACCUGUCACUUCGUUGAAGAUUUAUCAAGAUACCAUUCUUUGUGGAUAUGGUCCUAUUUUGCGGAAAUUUCGUACAUCAGAUGAGAUAUCUUUAAUUAGUUCUCAACAGAUUUUUACCAGAAACAAGAUCCAUGGCAUUUCAACUGGGUUUAAUAAGAUUUUAGUGUUAGGAGGAAGAUCAUUCUCAGUCAUAGAAGAUGAAAAACCAAUCGUGGAGAAAGCCAUCAACGAAUGGAUCAUUACAGGAGAAUUUUUGGAUGAAAACACAUUGGUGCUACUCACUUCCCAUAAUGUCAUUUACAAGAUUGAUUUACGUACAUUUGAAUUGAUGGAUAAGAUCCAUUGCAACGAAAAGUCCAUCUUAUACAGUGGUUCAAUCCGUGUAGGUGAAAACAGAACAGUUGUUUCAGCUGGUACGGUAAUGGAUGGUGUGAUUAUUUGGGACUUGGAUACCAAGGAAAUCAUACACACUUUAACCGACCAUAAGGGAUCGAUCUUUUGUGUCAAAGUAGACAAAGACUUCAAGUACAUUGCUUCUUGUUCUGAUGAUAGAACUAUAAAGCUUUACAAUUUCCAAGGUGACCUUUUGAGUGAAGGAUGGGGCCAUGGGUCAAGAAUAUGGAAUUUGGAAUUCUUCAACGGUACCAAUAUCAUCAGUAUGGGAGAAGAUUGUACCACCCGUAUGUGGGAGUAUAACAACACUGAUACCUUGCGCCAACUUGAAGUUAUAGAUGAUUGUCAUUUAGGGAAACAUGUUUGGUCAGGUGAUAUCGAUACUAAUCAUAAUAUCGCUGUUACUGGUGGUGCUGAUGGAAGAGUCAGAGUUCAUGAUUUAGGUAUUUUGAAUAAAGACUCCAGGACUUAUACCAUUGAAGAAAUAGCCAACGAUGCUGAAUUUACUCUUGCUAAGAACGAAGCUAUUAAGUCCUUUGUUGAGUUGGAUAGUUCAAAUCUCGUAGCCAUUACCACCACUGGUAAAGUGUUGAUAUUUGACGAGAAAUGGAGUGUUGUGGUUUUAUCCGAUGAUGAAAUUCAAGUCCUAGGUCCAAAGGCUAUUCUUAAACAAGUCCCGGAGUCCAAUAGUGUAAUGAUAAGCUCACAAAAUGGUAAAAUACUUCUUCUUCAAUUCGGAAAAACUGUUGAAAAGACAUGGUUUGAUAAUGACGAGUUUCAAGGAAGCACUGUUACUAACUUACUUAUCUCACCAGGGAAAGAAUUCUUUGUUAUGAGUGAUAUCCCCAACCCUAAAAUCCCCUUCCAAGUGAAAAAGUUCUCCACUGAUGGAGGUGUGCUGUUAGUUGAGAAGUUCACUAUUGAUCAACCACAACAGUCCAGAUUCACUGCCACUUCUAUAAAAUAUGAUCCUGUAAAUAAUUGGCUUAUAAUCUUCUCCAGACACGUCACAAUGAUGGUCUAUGAUUUGAACGAAGGAAAAGCACAUAUCUUCAAGAAACUCACUGCUGGUGAUACUAUCACCAGUAGCACCAUUCUUCAAAGUCAAAAAGGUAGUGUAGAAUUCAUGAUCACUGUAAGGGAUGGAAUCUAUAUGGUCGGUACCAUUAAAGCUAAUGAAGACUCCGUUACCGUAGAAAUUAACAUGCAAAACAAACUCUCUCGAGGUUUUAUCGAAGGAGGAUUCUUUAAAGAUGGUGAUUUGAUUCUUUAUGGGUUCAGAUCAACUUAUUUCUAUGUUUGGAACGAAACUAAGCAAUUGGAAAUCACCAAGGAGUUAUGUGGAGGAUCUCAUCGAUUCUGGGACUUAUUUGUAGGAGAAAACUACAAGUUCGUUUAUUUGAACAAAUCCACCAUCACCAUUGUCAGACAUAGAGAAAGGUUUGCUGAUUAUGGACUUAUAUAUGAUGGAACUCAUGGUAGAGAGAUCAGAGGACUUGCAUUAUCUCCUGAAACCAAAGAUGGGUCCAAGUUAAUCGUUACAGCAUCGGAAGAUACUGUGGUGAGACUCGGGAAAUUGUUUGAAGAUGGGACUGUCAAGUAUUCCUGGUGUAUGAAUAACCAUAUUUCAGGUAUGCAAGAUAUUAAAUUCAUCACCAAUGAAUAUUUAUGUAGUUCGGCAGCCAAUGAGGAAUUCUUCAUUUGGAAAAUCGGUCAAUUGUAUGAUGGCACACCUAUCAUCAACCAAUAUGCAUCAUUGAAACCUAGUACAUCAAUUCCUGAUUUGAGAAUCAUGGACUUUGCCUUUUUAUCCAAUGAUAAAGGGUUCCUCAUCGUUACAGUUUAUUCCGAUUCCCAAAUCAAAGUUUGGCAAUUUGACCAACAAGCCAAAUCUUUCCAACUCCUCAUUGAUGGGUUCUAUACCAACUGUUGUUUGUUGAACGUCAAUAUUCUUCAAAGAAAUAACAAGAUGUAUAUAUUAACGGGAGCUACCGAUGGUCAUAUAGCUAUUUGGAGAAUAGAUGAUUUGAUAGAGAGAAAAAUUACCCAAUUAGGAAAACCUAUCAUCAAGCAACAAUUACACCAAAGCAGUGUUAAAGCCUUGAAGGUGUUUGAAGAACCAGAUCAUGUUAAAGUGAUCACUGGAGGUGAUGAUAAUGCCUUGAUCUUAUCAGAAUUGAAAUUUGAUGAUAUCAUCACAUGGGAACUUAAAUCAUUCGUAAAAGAUGGGGCUUCUGCUACCAUCACUUCAAUUUCUGGCUAUGGUAAGAGAAUAGUCACCACGUCAGUGGAUCAAAUAGUCAGAUUAUGGGAAUACGAAGAUGGGUUGAAGUGUUUGGAAGCAAGAUAUACCACAGUUGCUGAUACGGGAUGUUGUGAUAGUGGAGAUAUCAAUGGAUGUUUAAGUAUUAUAGGAGGAGCUGGAUUAAGUAUUUGGAGACAUUAA